GAGCACAGUCUGACUAAAGCUUCUUAUGAAGUUAUUCGAGAUGAGUAUUUGUUGUACAAAGACAUCUUUAGGAAACACACAUACAUAGUUGAGUACGCUUUAGAAAACGACCUUUUAACAAUAGACAAAAAAGUCAGAGACAAACUAAAUAUUCCAGUCAUGUUUGUAACCUUGAACCAAGACACUGACGAGUACUUUGGCAGCAAGCUGAGCAGAUUUCUAUUUGGAAAAGUUUUGGGCUACGACGAAUUUCUCAAGGAUAUGAUUAAAACCUUCGUGGUGGGAGAAAACGAAGUUGGCUACCUCAAGAAUGUGUUGUCAGGAAAGAUUGUCACCAUAGAAAAUUCCUGGUUCACCAAAUACACCUCAGCAAUUGAAGCUUUACUUAAUACGGUCUUUUUCACAUUAUCCUUAUCUUUGGUGGUGACGUACUGUCACUGCACCAUUCACAGGUUCCUAAAUGAAGUAUUCUUCAAUGGUUCUUUCAAUGAGUUAGGCCCUUUGUUUAUUAGCAUUCUAAUUUCGAUUUGCAUCCAAAAUGAAAUAGAAAAGUAUUUCAACAAUGGAACAACAGCUAGAUAUUUAAUUAUGAUCAUUUGGUGUGCCAACAAAUAUGAUGCUCUUUUAUGUUAUUCUUCUAUAACAAAGAGAAACUGGUUGAAGUUCUUCUACUUGUACACUUAUAUGUUUUACGCUUAUCACAGUCGAUUCAAGGAACAAUAUAAUAAUUUGGCACUUCUAACAUCUGGAUUGUUCAUAUUCCACUCCAUGGUUUACUUUUUUCAUCAUUAUGACUUACCCCUUGUGUUAACUUCCCAAAGAUCUUUUAAUUCGUAACCACCAUAAUUGUUGUAACGUUUGUAAAUGUUAUAAAAUAAAAUUUCCACCUUUAAUUAAAAGUUUAUAAAUUUAUAAAUGCAACUCCCAAAUAGUUUAAAGUACAUUUGUAUAAUUAAAAUCAAUGCGGGGAGUCGUAGAACAAAUAUACAGAAUCCCUCGACAAACUUAACCGACAAUUUCCUUUAUUUAAACAACUGAAAACAUCUGUACAACCCCAACAGACAGAUCAUCCUCUAUUUAUCCAACUCGGCGUCCCAAUGGCUUGCCAAAACAAGUAGCACAUGUUCGAACAGGAGCCUUGUACACGAUAAAACGGAAUCGUCCUGUUUAUCGGGCGUGCAUUCGCCCCCAAAAUCCGAUUCGCAACCGUUGUUUUAUGUCGCCAGGAUAUUCAAUGAAAUUUAAUUCCGUGUGUUUAAUUAUUCAAUAUUGGAUCGGCCGAGGAAAUUUCCCGUUUGUGUGUUGAUUGAUUUAAUUAAUUAGUGAUUAAUGGACGAGCAUGAAGUAUAGGAAACGUGUCAACCGAAGAAACACGCCGGAACACUGUUCAACUGCACACAGGACGUGUUUGUUCACGGGAAAUUAAUCAAUCAAGUCUAGUUUUGUUGGUAGUUAGUUAAUGUUGUUGUGCUUAACUUUUCACUCGUUAUAACUGGAGUAUUUUCCUAAUUUAAGUACAGAGCCGUACGGGAAUAAAGAGCAUCGGAACCGAGUUAAUUGGCUAAAAGGCAGUGCGAAGGCAACAAAUUGGCUACAUUAAAAGGAAUAAAGGUGCUGUGUCAAACAAGAAAGUCGCUUGAUGUCGCAAAUGGAGAGGAUCUUUGCACAUUACGGACUCAUUCAAGGCGCAAAUCACAAAUAAACAAAUCUGUUAAGGCGGCGCAAUUUUUAUUUGUUGACGUCACCGUGGCAACGGCCGGGCUGUCACUUUGAUUGGGGUUAGGUUCAUCGAUGUUUUUUUACGAGUCAUGGCUAAUCGACGGGAGACCGUUAACAUCAGACUCGUCACGGCGCCACGUCGAGGGAACGACAGGAUGUUCCGGACGCUCUACUUCCACGGAGCCGUUGCCUACGCCAAGAAACUUCCCGGCUACAUCCGACGACUUAUAGAGGCUGCGGUGCUUGUGGCGGCGAUGUUCGCGUUGUUCGUGCUGGCCGAAAGACACCUGGCGUUUCAGCGUGACCCCCCCACUUGUCUGGACCACGUGGACCGGUCGUUGCUUCGGCGCGGCAUCUUGAGGGUGGAUGUGGUGAGGACUUUGAACAGGAAUUACACCUUGGAGAUGAGCUACGAGACGGAGAAGAAGUUGAAGCUGAACCAAAGAACGAACAGAUUGUCGAAGGAGCUGCUGAAAAAUGUCUACGUCAUUUACAACGGGCUGCUGCAGAUAAAGGAGUACUCCCUGGACAACAUGAACACGAGCCAAAUAGAGACGAAUCGGAGGGCACGUGAGGCUGAACUCUCAGAAAGUAACGUGCUGGGCAGUACUGUUUUCAUGAUGGAAUACGCGUUGGAUAUUGGCAUACUGAAAAUGGAUGAGAACACCCGGAGGAAGUUAAACAUUUCGGUCACUUUGGUGGCUUUAGAUCCAGAUAUUGAUGAGUGUUUUGGUAAUGGGUUGAGCAGGAUGUUGUUGGAGGAAGUCUUAGGCUAUAAUGAACUGCUUAUUUCCUCCAUCAGAACGCUUGCAAUUAAGGAGGGCGGAAUAGGUUACUUAAAAAAAUUGAAUUCUGACGAGUAUUACCAGUUUAACUUUAUGAUCUGCAACAGUUACGUAUCAUUAGUUGUAGCAUUGUUGGUGAUGUAUUUAUACAUAGUUAUUGUGUCAGUUAUUGCGGCUUAUGCAAACAGGAUUAACCUGGUCAACCCUACAUUGAACAUUUUUGCCACCAUCUUGUUGGUGAUGUUGGCCUUAAACGGAGUCGACUCAAUGAUGGACUUCUACUUCAACGACAACUCGACGGGUUUCUACAUGAUUGUGAUAAUAUGGUGCGCCAACAAAUUCGACACGAUUUGCUCCCACACUCCCAUGACCAAAAGACACUGGCUGAGAUUCUUCUACUUGUACCUCUACAUGUUCUACGCCUAUAACUGCAAGUACAAAGGACAAUACAGUGAUGUAGCACUGGUGGCGACUUACCUGUUGAUCCUCCACUCCAUGGUUUAUUUCUUUCAUCACUACGAACUGCCGGUGAUACUUAACGCCCAAAGGGUGAUGGUGAUGUACCAGCAAAUGCUGACGUCCCGUCACCUCCAGCCACAAGCUAAUCCUGUGGUUUUCAAUGUGCAUAUGUGAGUUCCAACAGAGGCGAUCGGGAUUUUAAUGUGUUCGACUCCCCGAAUUGAAACUGUAUUUGGGGCGAUUCAUUUUAAUGGUUCGCUAGGAUUUAGUGCGAAUUUAUUGUCGCCCCUUGUUGUUUAUGAAACUAUUAAACUCUUCUAUAAAAUUU